AUGUUGUCCCAUUCUUGUCUAAUACCAUACACAGAUCCUGACAAUGGUGAAAGACCAUUUAGUAACACUCAGGAUUCAAGCAUGCAGCCACUCAUAGACAGAUCUGAGACUUUACAACUGGAGUUUCAGGAUAGCCAGUUGUCACCUGCACUUACCCUGCAUCCCUGCCUGGACAAAUCUCACCUUCUUUCUGACUCCACAUUUUUUCAGCAUAAAGAUGCAGAAUUUGUCCCUCUUCGGGGAUUUCCUGACUUCUCAGUUAUGACUGAGAGAUGCACCAGGACUUCAAAUGUAGCUCUAACUGAUGAUUCCCACCACCAAAAUACUAUUCUUGACCAGGCUGCACUUUCCCAGCAUCCAUUGGAGGUACCAACAGCCCCGUCAGGUGAAAAAAGCUGCUGUUCUCUCUCCCAGCACAGCCUGUCACCUGGAGACCAUUGCAAAGGGCUUGAGGAUCAAGGGAGCAUUUCUUAUGGUGCUGAGGACAAAAUCAGCAGACAUAUGGAAGGAGAGGAGCAGACCACUGCUCAGCAGCUUAGUGAGGGAAUGUCUACUCGGCUCUUGUUAGAGUCCAGGGAAGAGGAUGUUAUUGUGGCUGUUAGUGACAGCAGUGCCGUUUCCUCCACCUCUGAACCUGCCUCACUUCACCAAAACACAGACAAAAGCCAGUUAGAUCCUUCCAUGAAUCUUCAAAAAGGCAGGGAGCAGCACCAAGGGGGCCCAUUAUCAUCUUCAUUUCAGAAGGCUGCAGAUGUUUCAAAUAUAACUUUUCGUGAUUCACGGAUGCAUUCACACCAAACAACUGACCAUCUCCAUGAUCAGCUUCUGUCUGCAGGACAAAGAGGCUCCAUCUCGGCACCAGCAAGUAGGCACCAAAGUGGGAACAAAAGCUCUCAUAGUGGAAUAUGUGUCACACCAGCUGGUGAAGGUUUGUUGCAUGUACCAGGUCUUCAGAGAGUGCUCUGGAGCUCCGGUCAUCUAACAGCAGCAGAUGGUUCAUUCUUGAGCUCUCAGCCUGUGUCUCAGUCCACACCUGCACUACCUCUCAUGAGACCCCCACCAGCAUUGACCAAACUCUCACUCAUACACUCCAAACAAGAGGCUGUUGCUUCUGCGGCUACAUCCUCCCAAAACAGUCACUCCAAAACUGGCUUAAUUCCAUCGUUGAACCUAAGCGAUCAACGUUCCUCUGCCAUUCACUCUCAAACAACAGCUACAGUUCCUAGUGUACCUUCAGAGACUGCGCAAACAAUGUCACAUGCCCAUCCCAUUUCAAACGAACAAGUUCCUCCUCCUGUUUUAAAUCCACACUCUGAUACACCUCACUCCGACACUCAGCACUUUUACUCUAGUGCAGAGAUGAAAGAUCAGGUUCCUCGUUUGGCGCUUGGGAGAGUACAUUCUCUUCCCAGUCUGAGCUACUUACAGAAAGUAGAUGCCUGGAAAGCCAAUCAAAGUUCUAGCAGGUCGUUUUAUGAUAAUUUGGCACAACAGGGGUUUGAUGGUGUGUCGCCCAAGAAAAAAGCACAGGAUGUUGUUUCUGAAGCACUUAACCACAAGCUUUCUCGAGACACGCGUCUGAUAUUUGGUGCUAAUCCCAGCUCCCAGAUGAUUCAGCCACUUUCCUCUUCUCAUUCUGGAAGUGGCUCACCCCGUCGGGUGGAUGUAGUUGGGACGGGUGCGUGCAGAGGACAAGCAUCACCUGUCAAUCGCUCACACUCUCACUCCUCCCUGAGCUCUGUGGUGACCUCUAUUCAGAGAGACACUGGUCCACACAAUCAGCAAAUUCCAGUAGCACAAUUUAAUAACAUCAUUCCAGCUACCAGAUCAUUGGACUAUCAGUCGUCCUUCAUUUCAGGUGUAAGGGGUGAAGGAAAAAAUAGCUCAGCUUCUCACAUGGAUAAAAGCUCAGUCAAGAUGUCUCCUUUCCUCAGUCUGGGGCGCUUCAGUGACGUGUCAUCAAACCUCAACAUGAGCAGCACUCUCUCAAGCUCUCAAGGCAGCUGCCAUGGUGAGCAGAGUAUGCGGGCAUCAGUGGGAGCCGCCUCUUCAGUAGUGAGUCUUGAAGUAGAUAAUUAUGCACCCUACUGGACCUCCAGACCUGCAUCCCCUCCUCACACUAGGGAACUCAACAUUGAAGACAGGAUCCCUUUGUACCUUUUAAAUUUGGGUAUUGACCAGUCACCUUCAACAAUCUUAAAUCCAUUUACUCAUCGCGGACCAAUCAGAGAGCCUGAAUUCUCUCCUACUGACUUAUGUACCAUCAAAGGCUCCAUAGGAACACCAACUAAAAGCACACAGCCAUCUGAAGUUGACAGUCUUCAGAAGGAGACAUUCUCCAGUUCUAGUCAGCUCUCAGCUGACUCCAGUGCUUCUGUCACACACCGAUUGUCAGUGCAUGAGCAAGGCCAACCAGCCAGUGACAGAACUGUGAAGAAGAUGUUCAGCCAGGUGGAUACUCGACUACAACAGUCUGAUGCUCCACAAAGUGAAGGAAGCUUUGAUCUUCCUAGCCAAAUCAGCUCAGAAUCCAUGCCUCCUCCAGGUCCCAGAGAGGUGGUAAAGGAGGAUGAUGACUCUUUUGUUGGCUCUGGCACACUGCGUGAAAUCAGACGUCUGCUGGGCCGGGCAGAAAGCCUGGUUUCUGGUCGAUCCUCUCUAACUUCCUCUCCCGGCUCACACUGCCUCUCAGAGAGUGACACAUCCCUUGUUUCACUAGGACGGAACAUUCAAGGUUAUCAUGAUGACACAUCUCUGUCAGCUGGUGGGAAUCUUUCUUUGCUGCUAACUCGCUCUUCUUCAGAUUCAGCUUUGAAAGGAAGCUUGUCAUCCUCCCAAAGGCCUCAACAGAUUGACCACACAACUAUAGAGCCUACCGCUCUCUCUUUGAGCAGAGAGGAAAGUUUGAAGUCACGUGACCUCUGUGUGACCCCAAGGCGGGCUGAACCUGAAGGCUGCAGUGCUGCAGACCAAGAUAAGGCAAAGCAACCUACAGUCACAUCUGCCAUGCAGAUAAAUGUUCCUUCGAUAGCAGAAAACCAGGACCAGACUGAGGAUGACCAGACUGAGGAUGCUGUGAUUGGCUCUUCUGAGAAUAAUUCGUCUCAUGUCUCAGCUGAGGUUGAAAGUAUGAGUGACAGUAGCAGCGAGAGUUCAUUGGCUGCCAGAGUUGCCAAGCUCCUGCAGAGUGAGUCACCCGUUUCAAUGGUUACAAGCCGGCCAAGCACCAGUGAUCCAGAAGAUAGCUGUGCACGAGAAUGGAUCCUGAUGAAGGUUUUUGGCCGCCGAUGUGAAAGCUUAGAACUAAACGCUGAGGACAGACAGAGAAUUGAAGACAUCAAAAGAGAGCUUCUACUGAACACCAAGUGGAGCUCAGAUUCUGAGGGCAGUGCUCAGUCGAGUGUUGGUCCUGAUUCUCAGCUGACGAAGGGCUGUGUUGGACUGCGUAACAUGGAGAAUCAUAACUCAGAUCAGCUGCAGAAAGUCGAUUCAAAACCUUUGGACACUGUUCCAUUUUACACUCCUAUCCAACAGGAUCUAGAGGCCAAAGUUCGCCAGAUUGCCCUUAGAGAGGGGCUCAGUUCCCAGCCUUUUACCUCUAUUACUAUAUCAACCACUCGCCGCGCUCCGUCUCCACAGUCACCAUCACAUUGCCCUAUCACUGCUACUGAGGAAUUGGACAGUGUUGGUCCUGACCAUGAGACUUUAGAGAGCACGAGCCAAAUGAGACUUCAGCCAGCUGUUAUACCUAAUGUAUCUGGCAGACAAAAAGAGACGGUGAGAGAAGAACAACAUAGUGAAGAGAAGAAAGGAGAAGAAAUGACUGAUGACAACAAAGAGAACAUUGUUACGAACGAUCCCUGGAGUAUCCAAAGAAUACCUCACAUGGACUAUAAUGUCACUGGCAGUAACCAGAUAUUAUCAAGUGCUGCAUCGGAUUCAACCUUUGACAAGAAGUCCCAUCCCUCUCACAUACACGUCACCUUAUCACCCAAACCCAAUCAGCAGUCAAAUCCAAACUACUUAAGCAGACUAUCCAGUCAAAACACCAGUAAAGAUGUCCCACCUCCAGUGGUGUCAGGCAUCACGGGUGAACAUCUACAGCCCAUACACCGAAUCUCAAAAUCAAAUCAUGCCAGAUCAUAUGAACACAGAGAGCCAGUUCAAGGCCAGAAUGCAGGAAGCGUCAGUGCACACUUACAGGCCAGAUACCCACAAAACUUUGCUCCCUCUCAGAGACUGGCUGGGACAUCCAGAACUCUCUCUGUUCAAGCAGCUGUCCCUGCCCUGUUGCCAUACAAACCUCAUGGAAGCUCCGAGCUGUUCUACAUCCCGCAGGCUGAUCCAGAGCUUUCUCCUGGUCACUCUGACACAACUGUAGAAAGCUCUCACCCUGGUUCUGAUGAUGCUGUCCCUCCACACUUCAAUACAGACAUUUUAGGCUCUAGAGAGCUAGAAGACAACAUAAUUGCAUCAAAACACAAGGAAGGCAUCUACAGUAAGAGGGCCAAUAUGAAGAGAGUUUCCAGUGUGUCUGGAAAUGGUCUUCCAGAAUCAGUAACCACUUUUGCUUGCCAAAAUGACAAUACUGCUCCUGAAGCUUAUGUUUUUGAGAAGAGCAUGGACACUGUUGGCAUAGAUGAGGAGUAUAGAGAUGAGGAAGAAAAUUUUGUCCCCUUACACAUGGAGGCAGACUACAGUACAGAUGAUGUGCAUUUUCACACUAGCACUAUUCAGGAGACCAGUUUACAACUAGAACCACACCAUUUCUCUUCUCAGCCAAUCAGAAAGUCCUACAGGGGGGACAAGAAAAAGCAGGACAGAACACCUCAUGAUGUUAGCAUAGAGAUUAGCAGUUCUCUGGACCAGCUGUGGCGUCGCUUCAGUGAAAAAUGGAGCAUGGAGGAGACAAGACCAACUAAUGAGGGAGAAACGUCACUGCUUGAUAGACUGGAACGUCUGUCUCGUCUCAUUCACAAUACCUCUCUAACAGACCUAACUAUACAACAGUCACACAGCAGGAAAGGAGAGUAUUACAGGAGGAGUGAUCGAGAGGCUGGGACCACAGAGGGAGAAGAGCAAAGAGAAAGAGUUCAGUUAGACGUGGCUCCACAACAAGCUUGGCCUGAGCAUGAGGAGAAUCAGGACAGAGUGCAUCACUGUCCUGCUGAGAGAGAUGAGUCUGCGAGUGUGGAGACGAGCAGUAGCCUGUCCACUAUUGACACGGAGCGGCUGCUGCGAGCUUUUGGGCCUCACCGGGUCACCAGUAAGGAACUGAAAAGCAGUGACAGCUUGCUCAGACUUUACAACACCAUGAAUAUGCAGAAAACUGGCCGAAGGAAACCCCGUACUAAACAUGUUGCCGUCUCUGUUGCUACCCAUGAUGUGAGCACUGAUGACUCCACGGUAAGUCUUUGCUUGAUUGAGUUCUUUAAUACAGACUCAUUUGCAUUGAUGGUUUUCCUACAGGAAGCUCUGGAGCUCCAUCGGCCAGAGUUUGUCUCUCGUUCACGGGAGCGGAUGAAGAGAAUGGGGUUGCUGGUUGAGGAGAGGAGGUUACAGGCAGUCUUCAACAGAGAGAGAGAAGAGCUCUUCAACUGCCACGCACCAUCACGUCCAUACAGACCAGCUCCAGUACCCUGUAAACGAGUCGUUCCAAGAAGAGAGAUGGUCCAAAGAUCCAAAGAGAAAUAUGUUCAGCUUCCUGAGGUCCAGAGAAGAAGGGAAGAGGAAAGGAGACAGGCAGAGUACCGCUCCUACCGCCUCAAUGCUCAACUCUUUAACAAGAAAGUCACUAAUCGUGUGUUGGGAAGGAGAGCACCCUGGCAGUGAUCCAGAAUCGACUCAACAUUUCCAAAAGCCUUACUGUUCUUUGAAUGUGACCGGUCCUGUGGGUGUUUUAUAUGGGGUGAUAUUUUAUAAUGGUUGUGUCUUUUGCAAGUGUUGUUAGAUAUAUGUGUGUUCGUAUUUGAAGAUGUGAGAUUUUAUAUGAUUGUGAUUGUGUAUUAUUUAUGGCGUUGCAGUGUUGGAUUGUUUCAUUAUGACUAUUAUAGUCGCAAAAUUCAUUUUUAUUAUGUCUGUCUUUGCUAAAUUGUAGGAAUAUUUUUUACGAGGUGAAUAA